AUGCAACUUUCCAGUACAAACAGUACGGACGGCACUCGCACCGACCAGCCUCAGGCACAGAAUCCUGCGUUAGAGAAAGACCUGGAGGAGCAGCCCAUCAAUGGGGAAGGAGAAGAUGUCUCCCACGAUAAUGUCAAGCCCGAAUCCAUUCCCGAUAUCGACGGGAAGCCAAACUCCUCCCAGGAAGAUGUGCUGGCAGCCCGAGGCCUUCGAAGAAUCAUACUCAAUUUCACACCAUCAUGGUUUAUCAUCACCAUGAGCACGGGAGUGCUAUCCCUCCUGCUUCACCAACUCCCCUACAACGGAUCCUGGCUCCAAAUCAUCUCCGUAAUCUUCUUCGUCCUCAAUAUAACGCUGUUCGUCCUCUUCAGCAUCAUCACCGCCCUGCGAUACUCGAUGUAUCCGCGACUAUGGCCGGCGGUUCUGCGACACCCCCACCAGAGUUUGUUCCUCGCGACAUUCCCCGUCGGAUUGGCGACACUUGUCAAUAUGACGGUCUUGGUGUGCGUGCCUGUGUGGGGUCAUGGGAUGGCUACUUUUGCCUGGGUAUUAUGGUGGAUCGUCAGUUUGUUGGCGUUGACGACCUGUUGCCAUUUGACGUUUGUGAUAAUGUCGAACAAGAGACACGAUCUUGAGGAGAUGACAGCAUUAUACCUGAUACCGAUCGUCGCGGUCGUCAUUGCAGCAACCUCAGGAGCGACGGUUGCCAAAUUCCUCCCAAAUCAACAGCACCAAUUGUGGACAUUGAUCAUCAGCUACAUAUUCUGGGGCAUCGGUUCCCCCUUGUCCUGGAUCAUCUUGACACUCUAUUUCCUGCGCAUGACGGUGCACAAGCCACUGCAGCGAGAAGUCAUCGUCUCGCUCCUCCUCCCGAUCGGGCCAUUAGGACUUUCAGGGUUUUCGAUCAUGACUCUCGGAAAGCUUGCGAAGACGCUAUUUCCACUGACUGACGCUCUUCCACACGUGAGAGGCGCAGGGGACGUGUUCUACAUCGUGGGCGUCAUGCUCGGCAUCAUAUUAUGGGGUUUCGCCACCGUGUGGCUUGUCGUUGCCGUCAUGAUGAUUGUCAAUUCUGGGGGUUUCCCGUUCAAUAUGGGUUGGUGGGGCUUCAUCUUCCCAGUCGCCGUUUUUACACUGUUGACGGUGACGAUUGGUGAGGAAUUGGAAUCGCGGUUCUUCAAAGUUCUUUCAUGUGUCCUUGCUGUGAUUUGUGUUAUUAUGUGGCUGGUGGUGGCUGCUGGGACAAUCCGCCGCUCAAUCAGUGGGAAGAUGUUUUUCGCACCAUGUCUCGGUACGGAUUUGUUCGGUAAGAAGCUAAAAUUGUAUGGCGAGGAGCCCAAAAUUUCAAAGGGCCAUUGA